GUCGUUUCGGCCAGGCCGGGAGAUCAUUCACCGGGCAAACCCUCGCGGACGAGCGCGCAUAGAUAGCUGAGUGAGCGAGCGAGAUAGGAUAAUAAUGGAUUACCGCGCCAGGUAUCUCGUGUUUUUCGUACUUUGCCUGAUAUUGUCGGAGUACGAGGCGAACGAUAAGUACCGAGCGACGACGCUCUCCAGAAAACGCCGUUACGUCGUUUUCCCGGAAGGUUCCUCUUUUUCCGUCGCGCUCUGCAUGACCGUGCACACCCUCACGCCGGACGACGAUAUCUUUACGGAGGGCCUCAACUGGGGCAUCUCCUACGAUCUGCCCAACGAGAGCAAGCCCGCUCUGGAACCCUUCCUAGAGCUGAGGAAUGAUAAAGUUCAAACCGGCAACAAGCACGACCGCCACGGUUCCGCCGUGGCCGCUAAUAGCAACGGCGCCGUGAAAUAUUCAGGAUGGAACGACGACGUCAAGUACCGCUUCGCGCCCGGCAGGAAGAAAUAUCGCAAGUCGGAGUAUUAUUAUCUGCAAAGGAGACACCGGCGGGAGCUUUACAACAAGCUGGAAGUCAUCAUGAAUGCGAUGGGCUUCGACGGCAGGACAUGCAUCCUACGAGCGCUUUGCGAAGCGUCUCAGCGAUUAAUGCCGAAGGGAAAUACUUUGGUGGAGGAGAUGAUGAGGAUAUCGUUCUCGCUGCCCCUGAAGAGAGUCUUCUCGUUCGAGCCGGAGGAGCAUCACACGUACACCCAGGCCCAUAAAGCCGGCCAUGAGGGCAAGAACUGCGCCGUCCUGUUUCCCGGGUGCAGCUUCUCCCUCAUCGACAUGGCCCUCGGGAAAUAUAACGCGCCCCUGCGCCCCGACCAGUCCGCAGAUCCUUCGGACUAUUCCGGAACUUUCGACACGGGGGAUGAGCCCGCCGCGGAUUGGCCGAGGUACAACAUGAAGUAGCGCGUUGCAUGUAAACGACAACCUGAUUUCCGUGGGCGCGAACGUGCCCCUUGACCUCACGAUGAUCCGCCUGCGUGCCGUUUCGUGGUCGCUCUCAACAUCGUCUUCGUCGUCGAAAUAUUGCUUUCACGGUUAUUUUGCAAAACCUAUCGGACCGAAAGAAUCAAUGAAGAGUCUAGAUAUACAAUAUGCUAUGCGGGUUGGUGUUAUUCUAGUGUUUUAGAACUAUUUAAUAUUCAAUUAAAUUGAAUAUUUUUCAAUAUUUGGAAUAUUUGUUAUAUUUGUAUUUUAUUUAUUCCUAUUAUUAGGAAGUUAUUGUUAACAUUAUUUAAUUUGUUUCAGUUUUAGUAAGCAACGUAUUAAUUAUUACUUAUUUGAUUACUAAGAGAGUAAGUGCGACAAACAAAUAUUAAAUAAUUAGGACAGAUAAAUAGUGGGAUUAAUAGACAAUAAAAUAAUAAAUCUUCCUUCUUUAUGAUUCGUUUAUUGUCACUUCUUCAAUGAUGUUGGAAGUUUAAUUGGGAUUUGGAGAUUCAAAAGAAUCGAGAGAGAAUAUGUUACAAAGUUCAGGAGACAGCUGUUGUGUAUGCGCAAUAACAAAAAUCUAGAUUUGAAUACAGUAUAAUAACGAUAAUCUUUCAAGCAGAAUAGACAACGUUGAUAAUUUAAAAAAAUAAGACUUGCGGAAUAUAUAUAUAUAUAUAUUUUUUUUUAUGUUAAUUCUUAUGACUUAAUAGUAUUGUUUUAAUAUUUUUAUAUGUGAUAUUUGUCUUUGUCAAAAAAAUCAUUACGUUUCUAAAUCUACGUACGACGCAUAUAUUGCGAUGUUAUAAUUAUAAUUAGUUAUAAUUAGUGUUAUUAAUGUUAUAAUUAUAAUUAGUUAAUUAGAAAACACUAAUAUAUUAUCGCUAGCGACUAUUCGCAAAUCUUCUUUAAUUAAUAAUUAAAAAUCUACAAAGUUAUUAGAAAAAUGAUAAAGAAUCUUUUUGUUCAGUUUAAUUUAAUAUACGAGCACACAAUAGCAAACGUCGCCAUUACAACUCAUCUACCACAUCUCGCAUAAUUAUUCACAAAUCUUUUUUAAUUAAUAUCUUGAUAAUUAUUGGAAAGAUCACAAAACGGUAUAGGACUUUUAUGUUUACUUCAAUCCGUUCAGACCUCCACAAGAGCUUCGCAAGUUGUUCUACACCCUGUAUAUCGAGGUGGAGUGCAAGAUUCUAGAAGGUUCCGAUCGCUUUCUAGAGCUACCAAGGUCGCUACAUAUACAAGCGUCGCCUUGGUAACAGCUCACUGUUAGACGCGAAAAGGAACAACGCAGUUGUCGAUCGAUUUUCAGUGAACACGGACGUCACUACCUCUCUAAGAACUUUUUUCUUUCGUGCGGAACUCCACUAUUCAUCUGUAACUCGUUUUCUUUCUCUCUCUUUCCCUCUCCAAUUCUCAAUCUAAUCGAGAACUCUUUACCUAUGAACUUUUUGAAGUAAAGUGGCUGGUUCGCGCUGCUUGAGCCGAACACUCUUGCCUAUGAACCCUUCAGAGCGAGGUAACUAGUCGGUAACUUUCUCGGAAUCAUUCGCUCUUUGCCUGUGAACCUUUCGGAGCAAGGUGGUUAGUUCACGCUCUUUAAGCCAGAUACUCUCGCCUAUAAAUCAUGACUAAUCGGCAUUCUUCGGAACCGACUACUCUUUGCUUAUGAGUCCUUCAGGGCGAGGUAGUUUUGGACGCUCUUUGCAGCCAUCCUGACAUUAUUUGUUCAAGAAUUUGUCGUGCGGUUCCUACUGCUUCCUACGCCAGCGCCUUACCUGCUUCUGCUGCAGCUAUCCGCCGCCUCCUACGUCGACGCCUUCCUUCUCCUGCUGCGGGUAUCCGCCGUCUCCUACGUCAGCGCCUUCCUGCUCCUGCUGCGGCUAUCCGCCGCCUCCUACGUCGGCGCCUUCCUGUUCUUGCUACGGCUAUUCGUCGCCGUCUUCCUACGAUAUUCUCCAUCGACCAAGUUCCUGCGCUUCCCAUCGGCUGAUUUCUUACGCUCCCCCGUCGGCCCAGUUUCCUGCGUCUCUCUCUCUCUCUCUCUCUCUCUCUCUCUCUCUCUCUCUCUCUCUCUCUUUCGUCGAUCGAGUUCCUGAAAUCAUAUGUCGUGCGCCUGCGAUCCUCUCCGUCAGCUGCGCUUCCUCGUCGGCUGAAUUUCCUACGCUGCCUAUCUUCUGUACCUCUGAAAGCACUAACUACUAGCAUUCUCUACUAAUGUUUCGUUCGUUAGAAAGUGUCAGCGCUUAGGAUUUGGUAGGCAAUAAAAUGUGUUCAUCAAGUUAAUAAUACUCGAUUCAGUACCUAUGCGAACACCAGAACUAGAAUCUCGUCCAGUGCGUGUGAUCGUAACAGACAGACACAAAAAUAUUUAAGGAAAAUUUUUGUGUAUUUAAAUGAAAUAAAUUAUGUCUCUUAGAUGCAGUUAUGAUGCAAUAUUAUUCCCAAAACAUUAUUUUGAAAACAUUUUUCCAAUAAUUUUUGUCAUCUAAUGGCAAGAAUCAGAAUUACUGAGGCAUCAACGGACUGAACAAGUAAUUAGAUGUUGCUGCAGAGUAACAGUGUUAAUAGAUACAUCCUGCAUCUAUCGUUUUUGCACAUAACUUAUGAGAAAUUGAUGUUACUGAAAGCAAUAUUGCCAAAUAAAUAAUUAACUAAUGUUUGUGACUAAGAAUAAAAUCAUUCUUAAUCGGA